ACACUGCUGCGUUUACCAAAGCAAGUGGCUGAUAAAUUUGCUGUGAUGUCGCCGUUGCCAGACCUCCCUGUCUGCUCUGUAGUCUUCACGUGGCUCUGAUGGCAGAGCGGGACAGGUGGACUGAGCUGGAGGAGGAACUCCACAUCUCCUGUUUGGGACAAUUUGCACAGCUCUAGAGAGAGGGGGGGUAAAAAGAGAAAAAGGGUGGAACAGAGCCAGUUCAGAGCUUAGGUCUCGCUGUGUCCACCCACCUCCACCACCCCCUCUUUACUCUCUCCUAUGCACACUCACAUACAUUCCCCUUCCCCAUUUGUGUCCUCUCCGAUGCUGGUGUGGUGAGCAGCACAACACUCUCGGCUGAGCUGCAUGGAGGCACAGGGAGGGGCAGGGAGCCCAGAGCCCAACAAAGACACCCAGAAGCUGCUGAAGCCAUCCAGCUCAGGGGAUUUAUCCAAGGAGCUGUUCCAGCACCCGUCAGGGGAGGCAGAGGGCAGCCUGUCGGGCCACACUGCCAGCCUGCUGCACAUCAGCGAGAAGCGACAACCUCUGAGCAGUGUGUCAUCUCUGGAGGUCCACUUUGACCUGUUGGACCUGACGGAGCUGACAGACAUGUCUGACCAGGAACUGGCCGAAGUCUUCGCUGAUUCUGAUGAAGAAAACCACAGAGAGUCCCCAGCAGGUUCCCAUCAGCCUGUGCUGCCCAGGAGCGGCUACAUGCGCUCUCCCUCGUGGACGCGCUGCAGUAAAGUGGAGCUGCCUCGCGAGAGGAAGCACCACAGUGACUCUGACACCGCGGAUCCCUUAAUGAAGCUGGAGAGAGCGAAGCGUCCGUAAAGCUCAGCCCGAAUCGAGCCUGUCGGACGGACACAGUGGCGAAACCAAGCCACCGAGACGCCUCCAUCUGCCACUGUGCGCGCACGUGACGCCCCCGCGGCGCUGGCGCGUUCAGGCUCAACUCUGGAAAACUCGGCCCUCUGCUCUACAGACGAUGAUGACGUGCAAUAAUCUCACUGUUCCCGCUCUCUUCUCACACUAACUCAAGCCAACCUGUGCAAGUCAUCGUGUUUUUAUAGCGGAGGGUUCUUAUUGCACUCUGAGCUGCCAGAUGAUUUCAAUAUUGUUUUGGUUUGUUGUUUCUUUUUAGAUAGACAGGGUAUGAGGUCAACAGAGUAUCAGCACCUUCGUCCUUACAGAGCAUCAGGGUGGGCCAACAUUAUGAGAUUGCCGGCAAAAGUUAAAGCCACGAUGAUGGCAGAUGUUGAGAGGUUAGAUGGAACAUAAAUGAAAACAUCCGGGCGCUUAUUGAGACUUUCAGGGGUUCCUGCUGCCUGUGAAGUCAGCAAAGGCAGUCCUAAUGAGGAUAUGUGGGGUAAAUAUCUUCAUUAUUAAAACAAAUGUGUGUUGGGAUGCAAAAAGCCUGAAUGGAAAAAAAAAAGUUGCACUCCUUUCUCUAAAUUGUACGAGCAGCGCCCCCUGCAGGAUUGCAGGUGGUGUAGACAUGUAAAGUCAAGCAAACGCACCACGCAGCAGCAACUUGCAAUAAUGUCUCUCAUCCUCAGAUUUCUCUUUUUUCUUCUUUGCUACCGAUUUUUCCAAGGGUUUUUCUAACCCUUGGAAAAAUGUGUGCUGCCACAGUCGAUGCUGCAGGGAUGCGAAUGAGCAGAACUUGAAAUGGAAAUGAAUUCAAAGCGAAGGUGGUCAUAAUUUGUGUGGAUGCCAAAAAAAAAAAAAAAACGUAACAAAGUGCCAAAAAGGUGUUUUAAUAGUAAGAUUAACUCAAGACAUUUCUUUACUGUCAGUGAAUGGAUAGCAGAUUGCUUGGUUUGUCACAUGUUCAGCCUGCCUAUAGGAGGACUGUCAAUAACUCUGAAUGCUGUGGCACAAAUGUGAUGCUUGAGGUUGAGGAUUCAAUAAAAUUGUGGCUCCUUUUAA